AUGAUCUACACCUACCUAGGGGUUCUGUGCGGAUUUAGUUUUCCCAUUCUGUCCAUGGCCGAGAUGGCCUCCAUGGCUCCCACUUCCGGCGGGCAGUACCACUGGGUAUCCGAGUUCGCUCCUCCCAGCUGCCAAUGCUUGCUCAGCUACAUCACCGGCUGGGUGUGCGUGCUGGGAUGGCACACGGGCAUUGCCGGUUGCUGCUACACCGUGGCCAACAUGUUAGUCGGUCUCCUGGCCAUCAACUACCCGGACUCCUACGUCUAUCAACCGUGGCACGUUACCCUGCUGGUCAUUGCGGUGGCGGUGGCAGCGCUCAUCUUCAACACCUUGCUGGCCCAGAAGCUGGCCCUGAUCGAAGGCAUCAUCUUGAUCGUCCACUGCUUUGGCUUCUUUGGCAUUCUCAUUCCCCUGUGGGUGCUGUCUCCAUCAGUAGCACCGUCGGAGGUCUUUGGAUCCAUUGUCGACCGCGGAGGAUGGGGCAAUAACGGUCUCUCGUGCUUGGUUGGUGUCGUGGGUCCCAUCUAUGCCCUGAUCGGUCCCGAUUCAGCAGUACAUAUGUCUGAGGAAAUCCGGGACGCGUCGCGCGUGCUCCCCCUGGGCAUGGUCUGGACUCUCCUCCUCAAUGGCGCCACCGGCUUCGUGAUGAUUGUGACAUUCGCCUUUUGCGUCGGCGACAUUGACAAAGUCAUGGCCUCGACCACCGGCUUCGCAUUCAUCCAGGUGUUUCUCAACUCGACCGGAUCAGUGCCGGCCGCUACGGGAAUGACAGUCGUGAUCAUGAUCAUGCAGUUCUGUGCCACCAUCAGCAACGUCGCCACGACAUCUCGACAGAUCUACUCGUUUGCCCGCGACCAAGGCCUACCGUUCUCCAACUUUUUCGCUCAGGUCAACACCACAUUCACCGUCCCUCUCAACGCCCUCUGCAUCAGCCUCGUCAUCGUCUCCCUGCUCUCCCUCAUCAACAUCGGUUCCUCCGUCGCCUUCAACGCCAUCAUGUCCCUCGGCACCGCCGCCCUACUCUCCUCCUACCUCAUCUCCAUCAGCUGCGUCCGACUCCGUCGAUGGCGCAAGCAACCGCUCCCCCCAGCACGCUGGAGCAUGGGUCGGUUCACUCCGUUCGUGGAUACAGUCUCGCUCCUGGUGUUGGCGAUCGUCUUCGUCUUCACCUUCUUCCCGUUGACCAAUGACACCGCCCCGUCGGAGUUCAACUGGGCGAUUGUCAUCUUCGGGGCGGUGGUGGUGUUUGCGUUGGUGUACUAUGCGUUGCAUGCACGGAAGGUGUAUAAGGGGCCGGUGACGAGGGUGAGGGUGGCGCAGUAGUCCUUUUUCUAUCUUUGUUAGCAAUGUGUGGAUUGUGGUGAUGUUGCGAGGGAGGAAGGGGUGUAUAUAUAUUGGUAGUUCGUAUAGAAAGGUUCGGACUUACGAAAUGUACGUGAAGAAUUACUAGAGCACAAUAUGA